UCACACAGAUCAGUCCGUCCGAGGAACAGGUUUCUUUCCUCAACUAUCGCGGUAGCACCUUAUUCAUGCAACAGUUCUCGGUUUAGGUAGCUAGCGUUCCAAAUUCAGUAAAACAAAAAUUCCAAAACGCCGUUGCUCGAUGAUAACACCACGUUGAGAACAAGAUGGUUACAUCCUACUUGGCCCCCUAUUAUCGGCACAUCAUCGUGAUCGGGCUGGCCGCCUCACUUUUCGUGAUUUUGUCCAGGGAUCCACCAGCGCAGGAAGCGUCCGGAAGCGAAAAAUCCGACUCAGAUGAAUCGCCAUCCGGCCAAGGACUUUUCACGGACACCGAGUUGGCCGCCUAUGAUGGAACCGAGGGCAGCAAGGGCCUCUAUUUGGUCAUCCUAGGGCACGUCUACGAUGUGGCAAGCGGAGCCAAACAUUACGGACCCGGUGAAGCCUAUAGCAUGUUUGUGGGUCACGAUGCAUCCCGAUCGUUCAUCAGCGGCGACUUCGAGGAGUACACCCCGGAUAUGGCCGACGUUUCCCCGCUCACGGAUUCUGAGCUGAAGAGCAUCGUCAAAUGGAAAUCAUUCUACGAUGAAACGUACCCAUACCGUGGUAAACUGAUGGGAAGGCACUUCGACGCCAACGGUGAACCCACCGAAUAUCACAAGCUGAUUCUGGAAAGGGUAGCUAGGGCAGCUGAGGAGGAGGCCCAGGGUACCAAACAGGAGUAUCCUUCGUGCAAUGUUGAGUGGAAGCAGGAGACCGGUUCCCGGUUUUGGUGCAGUUCACGUAGCGGAGACGGUAUCGAGCGGGGUUGGGUAGGGAAACCUCGGCAAUAUCGGGAAUCGAAAGCGGACGGUCCCGUUUGCGUUUGUGUUCCCGAUGGGGACGAAAAUAAGGCAGUGCAACCUUUCGCCGGUUGCGAGGUUGAUAGCGAAAGUUGUUUUGUUAAAGACGAGGAGAAGAGUUCGAGGUGAAGGAUUUUUGGUGGAGUCGAUUCUCGUUAAGAUUAUACAAAUUGUGCAAUGAAUGUUUUGAAAUAUAGUAUUUAUUUUUUCGAA